AUGACCAUGUCCACAAACAUGCCAAAAUGUAGUGAACACAGGCAGCGUCCUCAACUUUCGCAUCCACCACCAUUGUGCAUCACCACCCUUCUUUCUCCCCUCUUCAAAACAUCCACCCUUGAUCCUUCAAAUCCCCAAGUGACCUCACAAAGUCCCACAUCCCACCCUCUUCACCCCCAGGUUCACGCACCUCAUCACUAUCCGCUCACCAUCACCACCACCCCAACCCCCUCUAUGGCGUACUCCACUUCGUACAUCCUCAGCCCCACGCAGACUUCCCCAGCGUGUACCUCAUGCCUGCGGGAGUUCAAGAAGAACGCCAAGAGACCUUGCAGAGAGGUUGGAUUCACGAGUUUUCCGAGUUUGUUGGAGGAGUAUGGGGAGGGCGGGGAGGGAGAGGGGGAACAGGAGGAGGGGGUGGGGUUGGGCGGGUGGAAGUGGAUUGUGGGUGUUGUGUGGAGGGGGAGUGGGAGUGGGAGUGGGAGUGAGAGUAGUAAGAGUGAGACUAUUGGGAGUGGGAGUGAGGAUAUCGGGCGGUGGUUUUCAGCGUGA